AUGUCCAGAACAAUCUUAUCUACGCUUUCGCCUGCUGCCUUCAGAGCUUUGUUGGGCACCGCAACUUCUGCAUCCAGAGUGGUUCCAGUCGACGCAACUUGGUAUAUGCCCAAUAGUGGCAAAAACGGUUUACAGGAGUUUCUUGAACAGGAGAGAAUCCCCAAUGCUGGUUUCUUUGAUCUAGAUGCCAUUUCCUUACCAGGCUCCAAGUAUCCCCAUAUGCUUCCUACAUAUUCGAUUUUCAACCAGGCAAUUCAAGAGUUGGGUAUUCGUAAGAACGACACCUUAGUAGUCUACGAUAAGUCUGGAAUCUUCUCCAGCCCUCGUGCUGCUUGGACGUUUGCCUUAUUUGGACAUCCUAGAGUCUACUUAUUGGAUAACUAUAUCACUUACAAACAAGCGGAGUACCAAUUGGAUCUCAAACCGGUAGAUACUCUUCUGACUCCACUACCAAUUUCUGAAGCAGAAUUCAAAACCAAGUACGACGAACAAGUCAUUGAAUACGAAGAAUUACUUGAUUUGGUACAAACCAACAAGUUGGCUCAGGAUUACUACGCUUUUGAUGCUCGUCCUCAUGAUAGAUACACAGGUAAGGUGCCCGAACCAAGACCGGGUUUGAGCUCAGGACAUGUCCCAUCGUCUUUGUCUUUGCCUUUCUCUAAGGUUAUCAAUGCUGACAAUAAGACCUACAAGUCUAAGGAGGAAUUGCUUGAGAUAUUCAAAAGGGAUUUUGAUUUGGAUCUUUCUAACUCUGAUUUCUUGAAAGGAAAGAAGGGCAUUAUUGUUAUGUGUGGUUCAGGUGUCACAGCAGUCGUCUUGAGGUUUGCCAUUCAGUCUGUUAUUGGCUUGGAUGUUCCUAUCAGAGUCUACGAUGGUAGUUGGACGGAAUGGGCUUCAAGAGCUCCAUCUGAACUUAUCGUCAAGACUCAUUAG